UUACGACUUCCACCAUUUCCUAUAAAAUACCUACUUCUGCACUCCCGUUUCAACCAAAAACUCAAAAACAUUUUCAUUUUCUCUCAAACUUUGUGCAUCCUCAAAGGAACUACAGAAACUUUACUGAAAAUAGAUCUUAGAUAAAAUCAGCUUGCAUUCACCUCUACAUUGAAUUAGAAGGAACUUUGGUUUGUUAUACAAGCUGCUUUGGUGGAUCAUCUGAGUGAAGAUCUUUGAAAAAUGGAAGGCAGCGUGGCAUAUGAGAAUGAUCUAAACCUCAAGGCAACUGAACUAAGAUUAGCUUUGCCAGGAACAGAUGAAAGAGAGGAACAAGCAGUUUCUAAUGUUAGAAACAAGCGACCAUUGCAAGACUCUGAUGAGGAAUGUGGAGUAAAUGGCAAAUCUGAUAGUCAAAAUGAAACUACCCCUCCUGCGAAAGCACAAAUUGUGGGGUGGCCACCGAUCAGGUCCUAUAGAAAGAAUAACUUUCAGGCAAAGAAAAGUGAGUCUGAGGGUCCUGGGAUUUACGUGAAAGUAAGCAUGGAUGGAGCACCAUACCUAAGAAAGAUUGACCUGAAAGUUUACACUGGCUACCCGAUGCUCCUGCAGGCUUUGGAGAACAUGUUCAAGUUCACCAUAGGUGAGUACUCAGAAAGAGAAGGCUACCAAGGAUCAGAUUAUGCACCUACUUAUGAAGACAAGGACGGAGACUGGAUGCUAGUUGGAGAUGUUCCAUGGGAAAUGUUCAUCACAUCAUGCAACAGACUAAGAAUCAUGAAAGGAUCAUAAGCCAGGGGAUUAGGUUGUGAUGUAUGACAAAAUUCUCUCUACCAUCAACAUAUCUAAAUGCAAAAAAUAAAAACAAAACAGAAGAUCCACUUCUCUUAUCGAGAGAAAAUCUGUCGGCUUGGGUUCUCGAAGGAGAUUUUUGGAUCUGAUUCUCAGUCUCCUCAAUAGGUAGUAUCGUCAGAAAUUCGAUGGACUGGGAAAGUUUAGAUGAAAUUAAUGAAAACAGAAAAUAUAAAGUGGAGUUACAUUUUCUUCCUCAGAAGUUUGGCUCGGCAAAGAUACUUGGUGGUUUGAGCAUCUGUAAUGUUACUGUGUUUUGCUAUUAUACCCAUCAAACCAAAACUAGAUUCAAGAAUCUGUUGCUUCAAGUGCAACUUUGUAAAAAAGGAUUGAAGAAAAUCACAAAAAAGGAUGUGGCUAUCCAAGUUUUGGUUCUGUAGUAUUAAUACAAAGAAACAAAGCUGUAAAUCAGCUUUGAGUCUCUGCACAAUUAAACUAGUCUGUGUUAACAUGAGUUUGGUUUCUUUUUUUUCAUAAAUAAAUUGUCAGCAUCUGUUCAUUUGUGUUCAUAUUCCCUAUUCUGAGUUAGUCUGCACAACUAGUGAACAAACAAAAUAAAACGAAAAGAAAAGAUAAAAGAGAAGACUUUAACGCUAUGAUUGGAUAUAUAUAAAUAA